UCAAACCAGUGUGCGUGCAAACUACAAAAAGUCUGUGAUAACGUGUCCCGGUUUUAGUUGUACGAUAUUUUUCCAGCAACAAACAGGAUCCCUAAGAUGACAACGUGUGUAAAUUAAAAGCUUGGUAUUAACGGAGUGUAACGGAAACUGGACGGAUUCUUUGCGUCGAAUAGAAACUUGAGGAUCUAUUGCUGGGAAGAGCUUUAGUGAAAGGGGAAAAAGAAAAAGAAAUAUCUGCUCAUUUGCGCUUGAAUGAAACGUAAUCGUCUGGCUGUCUUCACACAAUAAAUCACCACAGAGGGAUUUGUGCAGAAUGGACAAGAAAAGAAUUCAUUACUGCUCAGAGUGUGGAAAGAGUUUUUUAACUCCGAGUAUACUUAAAGUACACAUGCGAAUUCACACUGGAGAGAAGCCUUAUAGCUGCUCACACUGUGGAAAAAGUUUUACACAGUUAAAUCAUUUGAAAACUCACCAGUGCAUUCACACUGGAGAGAAGCCCUAUUUCUGCUCACACUGCGGAAAGAGUUUUACACAGACACUUUUUUUGAUAAAGCACCAGCGCAUUCACACUGGAGAGAAGCCUUAUAGCUGCUCACACUGUGGAAACAGUUUUACAUGUUCAAGUUCUUUGAAAAAGCACCUGCGCAUUCACACUGGAGAGAAGCCCUAUAGCUGCUCACACUGUGGAAAGAGUUUUACAUAUUCAAGUUCUUUGAAAAACCACCUUCGCCUUCACACUGGAGAGAAGCCCUAUAGCUGCUCACACUGCGGAAUGAGUUUUAGACAUUCACGUUAUUUGAAAAACCACUUGCACAUUCACACUGGAGUGAAACCGUUUCACUGCUCACACUGUGGAAAGAGCUUUACACAGUCAAGUUCUUUGAAAAGGCACCUGCUUAUUCACACUGGAGUGAAACAGUUUCACUGCUCACACUGUGGAAAGAGUUUUACAAGAUCUGAUCAUUUGGAAAAACACCUGCUCAUUCACACUGGAGAGAAGCCCUAUAGCUGCUCACACUGUGGAAAUAGUUUUACAAGAUCAGAUCAUUUGGAAAAACAUCUGCUCAUUCACACUGGAGAGAAGCCCUAUAGCUGCUCACACUGUGGAAAUAGUUUUACACAUUCACGUUAUUUGAAAAAGCACCUGCUUAUUCACACAGGAUGAAGCUAUAUGAAUGCUCACUAUGUGGGAAGAGCUUUACAAUUUCAUCUUAUUUGAAAACGCAGCUGCUUAUUCCCAAUGGAGAAAAAUAUAUUGCUGAUGACAAUAUGAAGUGUUGUAGCAGCACUGCUCGAUUGGUUCCACCAUCUCUCAGGGU